AUAUAUUUAAGUGCAGAGCUCUCUACGUUCAGCGGAAGAAGCAGCUCGGUGAGCGCUGUGAUUCUUUAAUACGAUUAGCUCUUGUCUUUAUACUUAUUCGCUGGAGGGAAAGAGAGAGUCUAAGUGUUAGAAAUCUUGAUAAAGAAUCGUUAAGUGCUCAAUGAGCUAUUUUUUCCGCUGAUGAACGCAGCCAGUAAUUUCUAUCAGAGGACAUCCUCGAGGUCUUCUCACUCCAAGUUGGUCGCCUCCGAUCGGACGCGCCGCAUUACAUCGCGAUCGUCAGAUUCGUCAACGUCGCCUCUGGCCUGUAAAACAAAUCCGUUUACAUCGCUUGUUCUCUCCUCAACGCUCGAAACUUUAUUUACCUCGUUCUAAGCGCGAGAACUUUUCGAGAUCUCAUAAGCGACGCGACAAAUCUCGCGUAUACACGGUGUCGAUAAAAUAAUUAAUAUAUAUUAUACAUUGCUAUUAAAAUAAAGUAAUUUUAUCGGACAUCACUGUAGAAGGAGGGAGAUAAACGCUGAACUGGUGCAGCCGGUUCAGCUAAAAAGAACAGACCCAUGACGUACGGAUACCUGGGCGCGACGCGCCUGAUUGGCGGAAGCCGAUCUCAAGCGGGAAGGCAUUAAUGGCGCUCUCCAUACGUUAUUCCCGUCCGGACGUGACUGCUUUGCUUCAAAUAUCGCUGUCGGCGGCUCAGGCAAUGGAGUUGUAGUCCCCGUAGACAUAGUAAAUAUAGACUGAGCGUCCCAUUCAAUAAACUGAAGCUUGUGAAGAGAGAGAGAGAGAGAGAACAUUUAAGAAGACUUCGUUUCUCUCUCUUACCCAUCGUAAAAGGCAAGAAUUGCGUCUGCGCAGUACUACGCAUGCGUGAUUCCCCCUUUUCACGAUGGUGUAAGACAGAGAAAGAGAGUUUUCUUAAAUCUUCUCUCUCUCUCUCUCUCUCUCUCUCUUCACAAGCUUCAGCUUAUUCAAUGGGAUAGUCAGUCUGUAUUUACUAUGCCUAUAGUUGUGGUCCCCCACGUGCUCGUGUUAUCCAAAGAUGAUAGCAUUCACGGGUUUUAGGUUAUGCGGCUACCGCAGAUCGGUAUUCUCGACGUGUAAGAAUUCGUACAAGAGCGGCAGUAUUUGUCACGCCAAGUUUAGCAGCGCGGGUGGCAAGAACGCCGGUACGGAGACCGUCACGCUGUCCGACGGCAAGCAGCUCCACUUCUCCACGGGCAAAUAUGCACGCUUCGCCGAUGGCUGUGCGGUUGCGACUCUGGGAGACACUUCCGUCAUGGUCACGGCGGUCUGCAAACAGCAACCGUCCGCCUCCUCGUUCCUACCGCUCGUCGUGGACUACAGACAGAAAGCGGCGGCGGCCGGCCGGAUACCAACCAACUUCCUACGAAGGGAGCUCGGGCCGAGCGAGCACGAGAUUCUCACGAGCAGGGUCAUAGAUCGGUCCUUGAGGCCGUUAUUCCCGGAAGGGUUCUACUUCGACACCCAGCUAAUGUGCAACAUGCUAGCCAUCGACGGCGUAAACGACCCGGAUGUGAUCGCUAUCAAUGGCGCCUCCGCGGCCCUCAGCGUUUCCGACAUUCCGUGGAACGGUCCCGUGGGCGCGGUGAGAGUUGGGAUGAUCGACAACGAAAUAAUAAUCAAUCCUACCAGAUGCCAAAUUCAGGCCAGCGCGUUGAACCUUAUUAUCACCGCGACUAAGCAGAAUCUAAUCGUCAUGUUGGAAGGCUCGGCCAAUGAGAUACUGGAGCAACAGUUGAGGAAGGCGCUCAAGCUCGGCGUCAAGGAGUGCCAGGGCAUUGUGGCGGCGAUAACGAAUUUACAAAAGACGUGUGGUAAAACGAAAAGAACGAUAGAAACGGACGGGCAGCAGCCGGACGACAGUUUGACGAGUGCCGUGAAGGAACUCUCGGAGGCAAAGUUGCAAGACAUCUUUUCGAGCAGCGCGCACGAUAAAAUAUCGAGAGACAAUGCGGUUUCCGCUCUUAGAGACAGCGUUAUUAAAACAUUGCAAAACGAUAACGCGGACUUGAAUGUCCAAUUAGCGGAGAGAGUCUUUGGGUUAAUUAGCAAAGAUGUAUUUAGGACGUUGAUUUUAAACAAGGAUAUCAGAUGCGACGGUCGCCCGUUGGACGGUUUACGCGAUAUAUCGUGUCAAGUAAAUCUCUUCGACCCUCUUCAUGGUUCAGCUGUGUUUCAAAGAGGUCAAACCCAGGUCAUGUGCACCGUGACUUUGGAUUCUCUGGAAAGUGCACUUAAGAUGGAUACCAUUUCAAUGCUAAUCAGUGGCAUGAAGGAAAAGAAUUUCUUUCUCCAUUACGAGUUUCCACCUUACGCGACCAAUGAGACGGGACGUGUAAGCCGAGUAGGUCGCCGAGAAAUGGGACACGGCGCUUUGGCGGAGAAAGCUUUGCGACCGGUUCUUCCAAAGGAUUAUCCCUUCACUAUAAGACUGACUAGCGAGGUCCUAGAAUCGAAUGGUUCUUCCUCAAUGGCUACUGUCUGCGGUGGAAGUUUGGCACUGCUGGACGCAGGUAUACCGAUAUCUUCGGCAGCAGCAGGCGUAGCUAUUGGUCUUGUAACUAAAUUUAAUGAAACCAAUACGAAUAUCGAGGACUACAAGAUAUUGACUGAUAUAUUAGGAAUUGAGGAUUACCUUGGGGACAUGGAUUUCAAAAUAGCUGGUACCAAGCGAGGAUUCACCGCGUUUCAGGCUGAUGUAAAGAUACCAGGUGUCCCGUUAAAAAUUAUGAUGGAAUGUAUACAUCAUGCGACGAAUGCUAAAUUAGAGAUAAUUAAGAUUAUGAAUCAAGUGAUACGGACACCGCGAGAAACUAGGAAAGACAAGAUGCCGGUGGUCGAUAACUUGGAGGUUCCUAUUCAUCAAAGAGGAAAGUUCCUCGGGGUUGGUGGGAUGAACCUGAAGAAAAUAUUGUUGGAAACCGGAGUGCACAUAUAUCCGCACGAUGAAAACACCUAUUCGAUAUUUGCGCCAAAUGAAGCUGCUAUGACUGAGGCCAAGGAUAUGAUACAGAGCAUUUUGCAAAAGGAUCGCGAGCCGACCUUGGAAUUCGGCGCUAUUUAUACUGCGAAGAUAGUGGAAAUUUGUGAAACUGGGGUCUUGGUGACGUUAUAUUCCAACAUGGUGCCGGCAUUAUUACCCAACUCGCAAUUGGACCAGCGUAAAAUCCAUCAUCCCAGCGCUCUAGGAUUUGAAGUCGGUCAAGAGAUACAGGUCAAAUAUUUCGGACGAGAUCCAGUAUCCGGACAGAUAAGGAUAUCGCGGAAAGUAUUGCAAACACCAACUUCGAUUCCGAAAACAUUGCAUCGCGAUGAGAAGAAAACGUGAAAUUAAUGUUGUCUAGAAUUAAGUUUUAAACCAAUGCGUUUUUGUAACGCACACACUCGCACGAGCUACCCAUGUGUGAGAAAAAGACUUUGUGUAUAUUUUCCGUUAUUAUGUUAAAAAAUGGUUAUUGCUUUUAUAUGUAGUAAAUUCCGGAUGUAUGUACUUAUCUUGUAUUUUUCUACGAUAUCGUUAUUUCUAUUAAGAAUAUAAAUAUACAAGCAUGACUAUUAAUAAUAAAACAUGUUCAACAAUGUGUUUUAUUUAGCUUACUCUCAUUUACAUUACCGUCAGCACAAAUUGCUAGAAGAUUUAUUGAAGUUUGCAAGAUCAAAUUGCAAAACGUGAUUUUUAAGUUACUUUUUCAACGGUAUAUGGAAUAUUCUAUAAUUGACGAAGAGCGAAAAUAUAUGAUCAAUAUAUCAAAUUUCAAAGAUAGUUUUCUUUCGAGGACAAAUCUUGAAUAAAAAAAUGUUCUACAUUAUUCAAUAUUAUUUUCUCAUCUAUAAUCAUAGCUUUUGUUAUCAAAUAGAAACCCAAGUCACAUGCAAAAGUUGUGCAAUUAAUUGAAAAUAGAACAGAAUGAUUCAUCUUAUCGCUAUUACCCUUUGCGCUAUCUUUUCCUAGAAAUAGAUAGACUAAAAUAACCCAAAACAGGAUAUUAGGAUAACUUAUCAUUAAACUAGUACAUACAAAGUAAGAAUGAUAUCAAAAUAAAAAUUAGAAUAAAACUAUUCAACGUAAUUUAUUUAUUUGUAGUUGUAAGUAUCUAAUUUCUCCUUGAAAUAGUUAAUUAUAAAGUCGAAUUAUUAUAGAUAUAAUCUGUAUACACUUAUUGUCGUUUCUUUCAAAAUGACAUUAUUUCGAAUGUUAAAAUGUUUUUUGGUCAAUUCCGUGAAUAUGUUCC